UGUGACUCAUGACACACCGACAGCUGCCUGUGUUGUUGUCAUUACCCGCCUGGGGCGUCAACCCGGCUAAUUUUCGUGGACUCCAGCUCAGCCAGUGGUUGCGCCAACAGCCUCAUGAGGCCGUCUCGACCGAUGAUGAAUGAUGAAGUAUUGGAUCUCGCCCAUCGUAUGACUCUGGGCAUAGCGCAUCUCGUCAGCGCUUUUUGAUAUCAUCAGCGCCUAUGAUCGGCUGAACCCAUCACACCCGCAACGGUGGAAUCUCUUUCAUUCGACAGUGUUAGACCUCCCUACAAAUAUUGACUUAUUUCAAUGUCCAACCAUUCAUGGGAGACGGUCGAUCAACUGGUCUGGACCGAGAGUUGAUGUUCUGUCGAACAGCCUUUCCCCGGGUAUGCCCCAGACAUGCUGGGGAAGAGACCAAAAAUUGCAAACACCUAGUCGCAGCAUUCCUCGGAAGGCGUCAUCACCUCAUUCCAUUAUCAUCAUCACUCCCCCAAAUGUUAUCAUUGUGCCCCGUCUUCUUGUCCUGUAUAUUUCCUGGUUAUUGUUUCUUUAAACUUUCAUUGCCAUUUUCAUAUAUUUCUAUAUAGUUUUUUUCCCCCGAUUCCCGUAGUGUAAAUCCCGCGGUCCGUUGGACCGGGUCAGACCUGGAGGUACUGUGUGGUACUCAUAUGACAAAAGCGACUUCCGUCACAUGGGGAUCCCUACGAAGAUGAAGUUGAUAUGUUCUUAUUAUUCAAUUCCAUUCCACAAUUCAAUCCACCGCGCUUGGUCAACGGAGUAUUCUCUUCGACCUUCCGCGAUAGCCGGCUCGGAAGUCCCGUUACGGAUUGUUCAAUUUUUACCCCGUUACCUUACAAUUCAAUAAUACGGGGCACGCACUUCUCCAGACCACACAAGCCAUUUCUGCAGUUCCAGUUUCUACUCCGUAAAUCCCUAUCAACUCUAGUCCGCCC